UUCACCUGAGGACGGCUGCUUGCGUUGUGGCCGAAACGUCGUGAGAAUUAUUUAAUGUUUUAUUUUUAUUAUUUUAUUAUUUCCAUUCUACGUGACUUUACCGAAAGAACCAAGAAGAUGAAUCCCUGCAGUCACGAAAGCUUUAAAUCGAAAUUUACGCUUAGGUUAAUAAUAUUAAGGAAACACAGUGUAGUUAUCGAUGAGUGCGUUUGAGUUUGUUAUCUGUACAUGUGCACGACGGCUAACGCAGCAGCAUCGAUCAUCAAACAUCACCAUCACGAGAUAAUAAAAUACAAAAUUAAUUUAAAACGACCAACAUUGUGAACACGUGAUGUGAUUUGCCAGAGCGACCUCCAGCGAGGAGCACCCUCCAUGGGUGCUCGCUGACGACACUUGCCCCAAAUGCCUGUGAAGGCUAUACGGGGCAUCUUUGUCGCUGUUGUGUAUGAUCGACAAUGGAAGUGUCUCUACAUGUCAACGUGACACUAAAGCCGAAUGAGAGCUGGCAACUGCUGGUGAGUGUCGUUGGAGCGUUCUUCCUGUGGACCCCAUCACAAGGCUCAGUGACGACUGCGGCAUGUCUGCCUCUGUCUCUCUGCGUGUCUCUCUGUCUCUCUCUCUGUAUCUCUCUGUCUAUCUGUGUCUCUCUGUCUCUGUGUUUCUCAGUCUCUCUGCGUGUCUCUCUGUCUCUCUCUCUCUGUAUAUAUGUGUAUCUCUCUGUCUAUCUGUGUCUCUCUGUCUCGGUGUCUCUGUGUUUCUCAGUCUCUCUGUGUGUCUCUCUGUGUCCCUCUCUGUAUCUCUGUUUCUCUGCGUCUGUGUCUCUCGGUUUCUCUUUAUCUCUGUCUCUCUCUGUCUCUGUCCCUCUGUGUCUGUCUCUCUGUCUGUCUCUGUCUCUGUAUCUCUGCCUCUCUCUGCCUCUGUCUCUCUGUCUGUCUCUCUGCGUCUCUGUCUCUGUGUCUCUCUGUCUCUAUCUCUGUCUCUGUAUCUCUGUCCCUGUAUCUCUCUCUCUCUCUCUCUCUGCGUCUCUGCGUCUCUGUCUAUGUGUCUCUCUGUAUCUCUCUCUGUAUCUCUGUCGCUGUCUCUCUCUCUCUGUGUCUUUCUGUCCGUGCGACAGGCGACAACUCCCCGGGCACGUUCAUCGCCCCGGAGAGGGAGGUGACGCUGCAGCUGCUCACGGAUGCCACCGUCACGGACAUCGGAUUCUGCCUCUGCUACGUGGGGGGCGGAGAAGAUCCGUCGAGGUGUCCUCCAGACUGCACUCUGAGAACCACAACGUCUACCACGACCACAACAACAACCACCACCACCACUACAACUACAACCACUACGACCAGACCUACCACCACCACCACUACGACCACUACGACCAGACCGACCACCACCACCACCACUACAACCACUACGACCAGACCUACCACCACCACAACAACCACUACCACCACCACGCCUCCUCCCACAACCACCACCACUACGACCACUCGCCCCACCACCACCACCACCACUCGUCCCACCACCACCACCGCUGUCGCUACGACUACAACGACACCCACCAGCUCAGCGCCGCAGAAUGGCGUCAUGGAGUGGAUCAUGACCACGCUGGCCCCAGCCUCCGUGGGCUUCGCCACGGGCCUCCUCCUCACCGCCACCGUGUGCGCCCUCGUCUGGGCGCACGUCAAGAAGCGGAAAAUGCGACGCAAAAUCCUCAGCGGCGGCGGCGGCGUCGUCACCGUCGCUCAGAACAACGGCGAUUCGCAGACGCGGCAGCAUCAGCAGGAGCAGCAGCAUCAGCAUCAUCGGCAGCAUCGGCAGGAGCUGCCCGUGCCACCGCCGCAGGGCCCGACCCCUCCGGAUGGACUUCCCCCCGGCGCCUCUCAGCCUCAGCGUGGGCCCACAGCCUCCAGGUGGCCCCGCGGAGCGGACCAUCGCGACGGCCUGCGCGCGGGCGAGUUUGCGGAGGCGAGGGCCGGCGAGACGUGGCGGGGCUCGUGGGGGCCACUCGGAGACCGCGCGAGCGGCGCCGGGCUCGGCGGCGUCGUCGCCUCCGGCGCCCAGAGCGUCGCGUCCACUCGCCGCUCCUCGCUCGCCGGCCAGCGGGAAGCGAGCGCUCGCGGCUCGCCAGGGCCUUGGGGCGGCCACGUCAACCGCGGCCACGGCGGAACGACGGCGGCGGCGUCGUCGAGUGUUCGGAGCCAGGGGCCGGAUCGGUGGGCGCGCUGGGUCGAUGCCGGAGGGCCGGCGUCGGGGCAGGAGUGGAUGGGCGCGGGGAGCCCGGGGGACUCGGAGCGGGGUGGGCGGUGGCGGGAGGCGCGGGGCGGCGAGGUCGAGGUGGAGAAUGUCGGGGGUCACGGCAGCCUGCGGGGUCACCGCGGAGGAGCCGGGGAUUUCGCGGAGAUGCGGCGAGCUCGGGGCGUCGGCAUCCACAGGACACCCAGCCAGACGGGUCUGGAGUUUGUCUAGUAGUUGUUAAAAUCUCCCGUUGUUUUAUUUCGGGUUUUGCUUUUUUUUGUUACCUUCUCAAUUGUCGUGUUUUUUUGUUUUUUUCGAUCCGUGCGAUCGGGCGCCGUUUUUUUUUUCGUGUUGCCCCGAGACGAAGGAAUGUCCGUCGUGAACUCUGGCGGAGAAAAGGCCCCCCUCCUCGAACGAUGACAUAACACGUUGCCAUUGUGAACGGCUGCAGUGAGCAGUGCACCACCUUGCAUCACAGAACUACGUGUGAGCCACGUGGCCAGGGGAGAGUGGAUAGCGGGGCCGGUGGAUCCCGCAGAGAUCAUCAUCGUCAUCAUCAUCACGAUCCAUGGACACAUAUCCCGUAGGUGUCCACUGCCACAUUUCGUCAUUUGUUGUUUCCACUUUCAUCUGUCUUGUGCCAAUAUGCUCAAGUAGCGGCCACAUUUGUCCGACACCAAAUCUCUCAUGCCAUCGUCGUCAAGCCACUCUCUGUUAGCUCUUCCUCUCCUCCUUCCGGUUCCUUCCAUUUGUUUUCCCAACAACAACAACAACAACACUUUCAAUGCGUUGUUCGGAUUCGCGCGUAAACCCCAAACCAACCCACCGUUAAGGACGCGCGCGUAAACCCUGACAUGGCGCCGUCACGCCAAGCAAGUGGAGUGGCGCGCGUGGAGACACCCAACCUGCAGUAGCAGGCCGGCGGUGCACGUGAUGAGGCAGGAUAUAGCGCACGGGUUGUUGUCAUGCCCGUGCCAUCUUGGGGAGUGUUAUAACCGCUGGAAAGUGUUUGGUGUUUUUUUUUUGCAACGUCCGGCACCCCGGUUGCCUCCCACUCGCAGAAUCGAUCGUGAAAAUAACUCGAUAAACAACCCCGAGUGUGAUCUUCCUGGAAACAAAUGAGAGUUAAUAGACUGGGCGAGGAUUUCCCGGGUAAACAGUCAAUACUUUGUAUGAUAUAUUAUGUAUUUGUGUGUGUAUAUAUAUAUACAUCAAAUGGCUAGUGUUGUUGGAAUUAUUCACCCUCCCAGCAAUUGGACAAAUCGUUACGAUUCGCGGUCACGAUUCGAUUUGUUUUUGUUUUUCAAAUAUUUAUUGGUGAAUUGGUAGCGAUGAUGUAGACCGGGGCGUGAUGCCUCGCUGAGUGUUUUCCGGGUCGCUGGUAAAAUGGGGAGUCGGUGGCUGUAGUUGUAGCCACACCCUUAGGUAGACGCAUACUGGGUGUGGUGUGCCGGGUGCCGAGAUAUCUGUCGGGUCAAUGACAUGGCAGCAAUUGAACCCAUACGUAACGCCCGUUACAUACAAUACUGCAUAUAUAAAUAAUCGAAAAACAGAGAUUAUUAACAAAACCUAUUUGGAAGAUGCUGCUGCUGUUGUGCUGGCAGUGGUGCCUCGGCACCGACAACACCACCACCACCAACAACAACUAAAUACAUUGGCCAAUAACACCGUGGCCUUAAUAGGAAAUAUAAUUUUUCGAUUGGAAGCUUUCGUGAUUGCAGGGAUUCAUCUUCUUGGUUCUUUCGGUAAAGUUACUGUAGAAGGGAAAUAAUAAAAUAAUAAAAAUAAAACAUAAUAAAAUAAUUCUCACGACGUUUUGGCCACAACGCAAGCAGCCUUCCUCAGGUGAAGAACAGGUCUGUCGGGAAGACAGCGUCUGAAUGAAACACCCCAGGCUUGGAGCGUAUAAUAGAUUUCUGUUUAUAUGAUUGUGGUUAUGGUUGUACUUUAUUAAUCCCGAAUCUCUGCCAUUACAUACAAUGAAACAAAAAAGGUUAAAAGAGAAAAAACAGAGCAAUGUAAUACAAUACACUACUAGACAUUAUUGUUAAAAAAAAUAGUCCACCCUAUGUGUUCGUGAAUUUUUUAAUAUUUCAGGCAGGAAAUGGUAGGAAAUGAGUUUUCAAAUUUCGAUUUUAUUUUCUGGGGGGGGGGGGACCCCCACACCCCCUGAAAGAUUUGGUCCCCCUCAAUGUUGAUUCCAUAGCUACGGCCUUGAACAGGCCCGUACUAUUGCUCAGUUUGAUCCGUAUUGCAAUUGAAUGACGAUGUUCGUUACAUAAUACUCUUUUUGACGUGUCUCUGAAGCAUACAUCAAAUGAACGUUUGCUAUAACUCUCAGUGUAUAAAUGUAUUAUGGGGUGGGGGGCAGAGUGGUGGAGCAGCGGUUAGCGCACUGCGCUGUGAAUCUGGCCACCUGAGUUGAAUUCUGGGCCACGUCUAUCAUCCGUGGCGAGAGAUACCUGAACCAGUCCUGCCCACCCCCACCGUUCACCGAUCUGCACUGACCAGCGUGGUGAAUUAUGGUGAACCAAUCCAUAAUAAUAAUUUUUAAAAAGACAGUGCCUUGAUCCAGCAGUGGAUUGAUAAAGUGACGUUAUCAUUGUUUUUACAAGUGAUCAAUCGUAUCUGGCCGGGUGGCACGGCCGCAGAAUGUGACGCUCGAAAAUUAGAAAAUUCCAAGUUCAACUUCACAGUCAGAGAUCGACUCAGUUCUUCAAUCCUGCAUGGUCGAUAAAAUGAGUACCGCCAUGUGGGGGAAGUCAACAAUGAUUGCGCUAUCUGACUACUCGCCACUGUAAUGUGGAAUUGCCACCACUGGCUCAGAGCUGCGGGCAGGGGGACGAGUGUUCAUCCCACAAUGCAAUCGAGCAGAACUCCACUUUGACUCUUUGAGUUACAAUGUAAUGAAGCUUAUCGUACAUUUAGAAAAUUCUUCUCUAUAUAUAUAAUUUUUUCGUAAAUCAAGGCUCAGGUCAAUAAUUUACUUGCCAAUUUACUUGAUAAUUCAUCCGAUGCGCGGUGAUAAGAGGAGGAAUGUUGCGGGUCCUAAUUACCCGCGAGGUCGUCCAGAGAUUUUGUUUUGGACUCCACAGACCCACCGGAAAUGAUCCCAAUCGCAGACAAAGAGGGAGAAUGAGGCUGCGCGAAUAUCGGGGGAGUUUUCGCUGCGGAUACGAUCGAUUUUGCGGAUAAUCAGAGUCCGGGGGUAAUGGAUUAGAAAGGCGAGCCCCCGUGUCGAACCACCGAAUUAAACCUUCUUGGUUCUUUCGGUAAAGUCACGUAAAAGGGAAAUAAUAAAAUAAUAAAAAUAAAACAUAAUAAAAUAAUUCUCACGACGUUUCGGCCACAACGCAAGCAGCCGUUCUUACGUGACUUUACCGAAAGAACCAAGAAGAUGAAUCCCUGCAGUCACGAAAGCUUUAAAUCGAAAUUUAACCACCGAAUUAAACUUCAACUGUAUCUCAAGUUGCUUGUAAAGCGUAAAUUGAAAGAAAGCGCCUUUUAGGAUGUGCACAUUCACAGCGAGAGGCAUGCAUUUCCAUGUACGACUUGUGCAUAACGCUUCCAAGUAAUGUUCCUAUAUAUGUGAAUUGCUUUUGAUUGCAUGUUUACACGUGUGCAUUGUUUUUUUCUGAUUUCAAACAACGAUUUUGCAAGUAUUUAAAUAUUUCUCUAAGCCUU